AUGGCGCCGCAUACAAUUAUGAUACAAAUCAACUGCUACAGAGACAGAAAGCGUCAAUUCGAGAUCUACCGCAAGCGUGGCGCAAACGAGGGCAAAGCGCAAACAAGGGACAAAGCUGAAAGCAGCAAUGAGUUGUCCACGGCCACGCAUCCAGUCAUCGCGCUGCAUGUGGCGGUGAAGGAGCCAAAGAAGCGCAUCCCCGCCGUAACUCACUAA